GCAUAAUGCUAUGAAAUACACGACACGAGAAGGUGAAAAGUCUUGUCAUUUUCUGUAUCUGAAUCUGAAUCUGAGCAUGGCGGAGAAGGUCAUCGUAUUAGCUGUAUUAUGUUUGUCAUGGACAAUCUCAGCCUCCGACGGGCCAUUCAUCGUGGCACACAAGAAAGCCCUUCUUACUCGCGUCAAAUCAGACAUCGAACGUCUUUCCAUCUCCAUCGACAUCUACAACCAAGGAUCUGCGACGGCAUAUGAUGUGAGUCUUUAUGAUGACAACUGGUCUCAAGAUGUAUUUGAAAUUGUCGCUGGUAACACAUCCAUGUCAUGGGAAAGGCUGGACGCUGGAGCUUCUGUCUCCCAUUCCUUUGAGUUGGAAGCUAAGAAAAAAACAGUGUUUCAUGCGGCACCAGCGGUCAUAACAUUCCGCAUUCCCACUAAGGCUGCUCUACAGGAGGCAUUCUCAACUCCAAUCCUCCCGCUUGAAAUACUCGCUGAUAGGCCUCCGGAGAAGAAGUUUGACUGGGUAAGCUUGAAUACUAGUAGCUGCAGCUGGACAAAUUACAUAACACAUAUUUUGUUAAUUAUAGUUUGCUAAGAGAUGAAUUUCCCUUUUUUUGCAUGGACUGUCCAAAACGCUUGGUGAAUAUUCACAGGCAAAGGUAUGACAUCUUCCUACAAUAAUGUUUAGAUUUGAUAAUGCUUACUAUUACCUGAGAUUACAUACAAAACUGGAGAAAUAACCCGUUACUAGGUUAUCAGUCAAUAUCUGAUAUAGAAAAGACGUAUCUGAAUUUAGAAAGAAUGAGGAAAUGGAAAACAUAUCUUAUAUCUCUCUAAGAGCUCCCCUAAGUUCGACAUGUUAAGUUGAAUCUAGAAUUUCUGUAUCUUACAUGUCUAAUGUGUUUGCCUUUCAAAAGGCAGUAUGGGUUUUCUAUGAUUAUAUGAUGGCACUUUAUAGAAAUAUUUGUAAGUUGUGAGAAUUAGGGCCUCAUCUUGUCUCACCUUGUUUGCAGAAGUUGAUGGCAAAAUAUGGUUCCUUGGUUUCUGUGAUCUCAAUUGUGGUUCUAUUUGUGUACCUGAUUGCGACCCCUUCAAAGGCAAGCAAAAAGAAACGCUGAAUACAAAUUAGCUAGCUUGCAACUUGGUCACUAUUCAGGCAAGAAUGCUUGGAACCUUCAGGCUUAUCCUGUUUGUUCUUGUUAGUCAAACAGUUUAUGUACCAGUUUUAACUUUUACACUUGUAACAACAUCCAAGCAGGUAUGAGAUGUUAGUCUUCCGCAUCUCUCUUAGCUAAGAUUUUCGCUUCUAUGAGAAUUUUGUACUGGGUUCCUUGAAAACCUAAGUUUUGUUUUGUGGGUUUGCUUGCUUCUUGAGCAUCAAUGAUUUCAUUUUUCUCACA